UGGCAAACAGGUAUCCAGCUGGUGUUCCAGACAAUAAAGCUCACUGGAUGGGGGGAUGGCUUAUAAAGAGCGGCUUUUAAAGACUCUUAAUGAGUUAGAACAAAAAGAAUUUGAGAGUUUUAGGUGGUUCUUGCAUUCGGGCUGCUUAGAAGGCCUUCCAAAUAUCCCAAAGAGCAAUCUAGAGGAUGCAAACAGGAUGCAAACAGUCGAUAUGAUAGUACAGACCUACAGCCAGCAGUCUGUCGAGGUGGCAAAGGAAAUCUUAAAGAAGAUCAGAAGAAAAGAUUUGGUGGAGAAACUGACAAACCUCUGCACAGCAGUGCAAGAAAGAGAUUCGACUCAGCUUGACAAGAGGCAAGACUCUGCCAUGCUGAGGACAUCCCAGGUCAAACAGAAUAAAGCAAAUACAAACCCCUCAUCCAAAUACAAAGACAUCACGUCCAACAGUGAUCUGAUCCAUUCAGGACCUCCUGCUGUCUACCAGCUGAAACCAAAGAAAGAGAAGUUUGGAACUCUGACCAGAAUGACUGUCGGUGAAAAAAAUCUAAACAAGACAAAUAAAACCAUCUUACUUGUGGGAGAAACAGGAGCUGGAAAAUCUACUCUGAUCAACGCUCUGUUCAACUACAGCAUAGGAGUGAGGUGGGAGGAUGAAGUCUGGUUUCAGAUCGUAAAGGAGGAGAAAAAACAGCAAGCAGAAAGUCAGACAUUAGAUGUGAUCGUGUACGAGAUCUUUGGUUUUGAAGAUAAAACUCUUCCCUACUCUCUGACCAUCAUCGAUACUCCUGGAUAUGGAAACACCAAAACGAUCGAACAUGAUGGCAUCAUUAGUCAAAGGUCACUGGAGAUGUUUCAAUCAGAGGAUGGAGUCCAUGAAGUUCAUGCAGUGGGUCUGGUAAUGAAGGCAACAGAUAAUCGACUGAGUGACCGACUGAUGUAUGUUUUAAAUUCAGCAAUGUCUCUGUUUGGAAAAGACCUGGAGAAAAACAUUGUAGCUCUCAUCACACACUCAGAUGGAAAAAGACCUAGAAAUGCUCUUGAAGCUCUUGAAACUGGAAAGACAAAAUGUGCCAAAAAUGAGGAGAAUCAGGUUGUUCACUUUCUGUUUAAUAACUGCCAGUAUGAAAACCAAACAGAGGUAGGAGACCUGAAAGUGGUCAAUGAAAUAUCAGAAAGAGGAAUGCUGAAGUUCACUGCCUUUUUGAAAGAGUCCAAACCUCAAAGACUGGAGAAAACUGUGCAUGUUUUGAAUGAACGCAUUAGACUGACAGCCUGCAUCCAAAACCUGCAAGAGAAAAUCAAAUUGACUGAACUGAAAGAAACAGAAAUCAGACAGAUUCAAGAAGCUCUGAAAAAAAAUGAAAAAAAAUUAAGAAGAAUAAAAACUUCACUGUAGAAGUUGAUGAGGUCUACAAAGACAAAGAACCGAUUGAUGGAGGAAUGUGGUUGAUUUUUUAUGUAGGAGCUGUCUGCUGUACAGUCUGUGAGGAGACCUGUCACUAUCCUGCAUGCACAAAGGCCUGGUAUCCUAAAUACUGUCAGAUUAUUAAACACGGCCGCUGCACUGUUUGUCGUGAGAAGUGUCCUGCCUCAGAUCAUGUGAAAGGAAAUUGGAGAUAUGUGACCAAGACAAGGAAAGUUCAGAAGACCAACGAAGAAAUGAAAGAAAAGUACGAGAAGAAUAAAUCAGAAAGUGAGAAAAAGUUAAGCCUUUUGGAAAAUGUUGAAAAUGAGAUGAAACAACUGACAGCAGAGAAGUCACAGUUACUGGAUGAGUCCUACCAACAUGUUGUCAGACUGGAGCAGAUCGCUCUGAAAGCUGAUUCAGCAUCCACUGUUGUCCACUUGGACUUCCUAAUUGAGAAGAUGAAGGAGAGAGGAGACACAGAGAAGGUCCAGAAACUGGAGGAGAUGAGAAGCAGAGUGGAUGA